AUGACUAUAGAGAUACUUCAAUCUGACAACAAGGAAUCUCCAAUCAGCAAACAAUUGGUAGAGGAUAUAGUUCGUCCUAUAAUAGCGGGCUCUACAGAUAACUUAGAAGAACAAUUGAUUAAUGAGUUGACCAACAAAUUUCAAACUGUUUCAACAAGGCAUAAGUUUUUAAUUCAACUCACCAAGAUUGAAGGGAACGACUUGAAGAUCGAUAAUAAAUUCGGUGCAAUUUGGGAGGACAAGGACGGUUAUAUGGUGGUCAAGAUCAAAGAAGAGGAAUUUCAUUUAAUGAUAAAUAUUUUCUGGUUAUUUGUUUCGUAA